AUGGUCGUUCGAAGGUUGUGCCUCGGCGUUGAAAUUGCCAGGGAAGAAUUAAAAAUUGAACAACAACAACAAUUAUCAAUAACAGAAAUUUUUUGUGGAGUAUUGAUAGAUGAAUACUAUUUGCGUAGCAUAGAAAAAUCAAUCAAUAAAUAUAACUCAAUGAAUUGUUUUUUAUUUGGUUCUGAUAAUCGACAAUUGAUUAUUGAUUUCAUUGAAACAUCAUUAUUAUUCAGAAAUUUUCAAAUUAUUCAGAAAAUUGAUAUCCAUAUUGAUAAUUUAUCAUAUAUAAAACCACUUGCGUAUAUUAAUGGUGAACGAUGUUCUUCAUUGUCGAAUGACUAUGUCACAAAGCUUGUUAAUCAACAUGAAAAAUUAAUUUUAUUUAAACAAUUCCAGUUAAAUAAUAAAAAUGAAGAAAAUGUUACAUCUAUUUAUGAAACAAUUGGUUUAUUUUUGGAAGGAAAAAAGAAUAAUUAUAAUGCAUUAAAAUAUUAUGAUUUAUCCAUGAAAAGUAAAGAAAAUUAUAUGGUAACACGCCUAAAUGAUACCGAUUUAUAA